AGUGCUGCCCCCCAUGGCCCUCACCAGCAUGUCCUGGGUGCUGCUCUCCUGCCUGAUGCUUCUCUCUCAGGUCCAAGGUGAAGACGCCCGGAAGGAACUGCCCUCUGCACGGAUCAGCUGUCCCAAAGGCUCCAAGGCCUACGCCUCCCACUGCUAUGCCUUGUUCACGACACCAAAAUCUUGGGUGGAUGCAGAUCUUGCUUGCCAGAAGCGGCCCUCGGGACACCUCGUGUCUGUGCUCAGUGGGGCUGAGGCAUCCUUUGUGUCCUCCCUGGUCAAGAACACUGUGAACACCUUCUCCUACAUCUGGAUUGGGCUCCAUGACCCCACGCAGACUCCACAAGCCAUGGAGUUAGGCCCUAUGGCUCCAGGCACCAGUCCAGUACCUACAGACAUAGGAUCCAGGUCAGCCCUCACAGACCUUGGACUCUGGUAUGCUCCCAUGGACUUAGAUUCCAGUUCCACCUUAGGCAAGCCUGCCCUCACAGUCCCAGUUUCCAGGCCUACCCCAGUAGACCCAGUCAAUAGGUUUACCCCAGUGGACCCUGGCACCAGGCCCAACCCUGCGGACCGAGGUACAGGUACCAGGCCAGGCUGCAAAGGACUCCAAAAUCAACGUCCCAGUUUCCAGGCCUACCCCAGUAGACCCAGUCAAUAG